UGCCGGCGCCACGCUCGCCGGAGGCGCCCACGAGCUCUCGCUCGUUGAUGCCGUUUUGGGGGUGACCCGGGCGUGGAGGCCAGCGGCGGCGGCUCCCUCCCCAUGGUCGGGGGGUGCUAGUGCCGGACCUCGAGUGUGCCGUUGCAGGGUGACCAGACGCCCGGCCAGCGGAGCCCCCGCGCGCAGCUCGGGUUUCGGGGUGCUGGAGGAGGCCGUCACGGCCACGCGGGAGCGGGAGAUGUUGGAGCUGAGACACCGGGGAGGCUGCCCCGGCCCCGGGGGAGUCGUGGCGCCGCCGCCCCGCGAGGGAGAGGCGGCUGGAGGCGACCACGAAACCGAGAGCACCAGCGACAAAGAAACAGAUAUUGAUGACAGAUAUGGAGAUUUGGAUUCCAGAACAGAUUCCGAUAUUCCAGAAAUCCCACCAUCCACAGAUAGGACGCCUGAAAUUCUCAAGAAAGCCUUAUCUGGCUUAUCUUCAAGAUGGAAAAACUGGUGGAUUCGUGGAAUUCUUACCCUAACUAUGAUUUCAUUAUUUUUCCUGAUCAUCUACAUGGGAUCCUUCAUGCUGAUGCUGCUUGUUCUGGGCAUCCAAGUGAAAUGCUUCCAUGAAAUUAUCACUAUAGGUUAUAGAGUUUAUCAUUCUUAUGACCUCCCAUGGUUUAGAACACUAAGCUGGUACUUUCUACUGUGUGUAAACUACUUUUUCUAUGGAGAGACAGUAGCUGAUUAUUUUGCUACAUUUGUUCAAAGAGAAGAGCAACUUCAGUUUCUCAUUCGCUAUCAUAGAUUUAUAUCAUUUGCCCUCUAUCUAGCAGGUUUCUGCAUGUUUGUACUGAGUUUGGUAAAGAAACAUUAUCGUUUGCAGUUUUAUAUGUUCGCAUGGACUCAUGUCACUUUACUGAUAACUGUUACUCAGUCACAUCUUGUCAUCCAAAAUCUGUUUGAAGGCAUGAUAUGGUUCCUUGUUCCAAUAUCAAGUGUUAUCUGCAAUGACAUAACUGCUUAUCUUUUUGGAUUUUUUUUUGGGAGAACUCCAUUAAUUAAGUUGUCUCCUAAGAAGACGUGGGAAGGAUUCAUUGGUGGGUUUUUUUCCACAGUCGUGUUUGGAUUCAUUGCUGCCUACGUGUUAUCGAAAUAUCAGUACUUUGUCUGUCCAGUGGAAUACCGAAGUGAUGUAAAUUCCUUUGUUACAGAAUGUGAACCAUCAGAACUUUUCCAGCUUCACAAUUACUCCCUUCCUCUCUUUCUGCAGGCAGUAAUGAGACAGGAAACCGUGAGCUUGUAUCCUUUCCAGAUACACAGCAUUGCUCUCUCAUCGUUCGCAUCUUUAAUUGGCCCAUUUGGAGGCUUUUUUGCCAGUGGAUUCAAAAGAGCUUUUAAAAUCAAGGAUUUUGCAAACACCAUUCCUGGACAUGGAGGGAUAAUGGACAGAUUUGACUGUCAGUAUUUGAUGGCAACUUUUGUGCAUGUGUAUAUUACAAGUUUCAUAAGGGGUCCGAAUCCCAGCAAAGUGCUACAGCAGUUGUUGGUACUUCAACCAGAGCAACAGCUAAAUAUCUAUAAAACCCUGAAGACUCAUCUCAUUGAGAAAGGCAUCCUACAGCCCACAUUGAAAGUAUAACUGCAUCCGGAGAAGGACUGACGAGAAAAUCUACAGAAAGCACUGAAUGAUGAUAUUUUGUAAUUGUACAGAAAGAAAAAAGUGGUUGCAAAUGCAAUAGAUUCACGUAUUACAGACACAAAUGUUUCUUCUCUGAAAUUACUGUGAAUAUUUACCAAGCUCUCACUUGAUCGACAUUAAGAAAUAAGUAGCAAAUUGCUGGAAAAAUACUCUGUACCUUUUCUAAAGUGUAUUUUCCGGUGUUACCUUCCUUUCCCUUGCUAGGUUUCAUAAUUUCAAAGGCUUGUCUUUUCGUCAGGCACUGUAAAAUGAGUGAAUUGAGACUAUCUUGAGAUUGCACCUUGGCAGUGUGCCCUUUGCACAAUAUUUGCUUUUGCACUUGGAGCAGCUCUUGCUGUUCGCAGAGCGUUUUAUACGAGGCACAAUAGGAAGUCAUUUGUCUUUGUUCUUUCCUCACUUUUAGUUUGGAGUGUUUGAGUUGACUAAAAGAAAACAGAUAAUGAAGGUCCAUUUUUGCAGGAAGUAAUUAUUGGCCAGGGGAAAGCAUUCUCCUUUACAGGGAGAUGCAGAAAUCAGGAUAGG